UGACUUUGUGGGAUGGAAAUUGUAAUAUUUGUACGUUUCAAACAUGGUACCUUCGAUGAAUGGUCUCUCUGUUAGGUGUGUGUUCUUGCAUGUGAUUGGCUGGAUUGGUGAGGGGGAGGAGCUAAUGUGGCUGGCAGACCCUGAACAGUCCACAAUCCCUGGCUGUGUUCCUACAACGUCACCAUGAAGAUCGCCUUGGUGAGCAUCUUUUGGCUGAUGCUCCUGACUGACAUCCACGCCAGCGUCCAACCGCAGAAAAACUUUGACCUUCAGAGGUUUGCAGGGAGGUGGUAUCGGGUCGGUCUGGCCUAUGAUUCCCCAGGUUUUGUGCAGCAUAGAAGCAAACUCCCCAUCUCUAUGGGCACAGUGGAGCCGAAGGAGAACGGGAAUGUCAACAUGACCAUGUGGAGUUUAAGUUCCUCUGGCUGUCAUUCUAAGGUCUACAUUUAUAAGAAGACUUCUGUGCCCGGCGUCUUCACCUACUACAGCAUUCGUCACAGAAGGGUGAAGGAUGUUACUGUGGUGGAGACGAACUACACAGAGUACGCCCUGGUCCUCAAACACAAGAAGUUUAAAAAGGAGUUCACACAAGUGGCCCUUUAUGGUCGUACUAAGAAGUUGAGGGCAGAUGUGAUGGAGAAGUUCAGAGUGUAUGCCACAGCUCAAGGAUUCCCGAAGGACUCCAUACUGACUCCACCAGCUGCUGGUAAACCACUCAAUGCACUUACACCCGCAAUAGAAGAAAAAGAAACUCGUGCAUAG